AUGACCACCGAAGCCCGCGACGCCGCAAUUCGCGAGGCAAAGCUACACGUUCGUGAAAUCGUCCGCAACGACUGGCUUUUCCACCCCUCCACAGACUCAGGUCUGCCCGCCUCGUCGUCCCCUACCCCGCCACCCCACGAGAUCGCCGAGUGGCGUCUGCGCGAGUACGAUAGUUCCGGGUCCGAGCUGGAGCCCGUCUCUUCACCGGAAUUGGAACCGGAGGAUGCCAACGACCACGACCACGACUUGGAAUAUAAGCAGGGGCUAGGACGCGCUACGCUGCGGUCCAUCUCGCCGCGUCGCAAGCGCCGCAGGCAGGAGCAGGAAGAGGAGAUGCGGUGGAACGAGGGACUUCGGACGUGGGUGGAGCGACGGGAUGCGUGGUCGGGGGCGUUGUCGCGCACGGAUAUUCGAAGACGCGAGCAGGAAGAGAGGCAGCGGGGGCAGGAGAAUGGGGAGGAGGGAACGACGCAAUCGCAAUCGCAAUUGCAUGAUCAAAAUGCGAUCGCAAACGAGGAUGCGCAGACCCUCGAUUCAACAACCUCCUCUGGCUCCGGCACCAACUCGUCCUCUGGAUACGAGGACCUAGCUGCUAGAGCUGAGGCUUCGUUCUCCAUCGCCGAUCAAGACCCCACGACGACAACCAUGUCGGGCGCGACGCAGCAGCAGUUCCCUGCGGAUCGUGAGCGCGAAGACGAGCCCUCUACCGCCGAUCCGGAGAAUCCUCAUAAUCCCAAUGCUGCUGCUACCACGACAAUUAACGAACCCAGCACGGCGACCCCCGCGCCAGCUACGCAAGCUGCCACUGCGACCGCAUCGUCGCGCCAGAUCGCGCGCAACAUCUACGAAGACCCUUUCAUCCCCGUCGCUCCGUCUCUCAUCUCGACCUCCAACCCCAUCCGCGCCGCCAUCACGCCAACCAUGUACCCGUCAAUCUACUCGAAAGUCGUCGUCCAGGGUCUCACCCCCACUGUACCCAUCAACUUGGCGGAUGUCACGAAAGCCAUGGUGCAGGGCUGGAAAGCAGACGGUCAAUGGCCGCCGAAACCCGCGACUCAGAACAUCGUGCUACAGGACACUGCGACGGUGCGACGGCCCGAGAAACCUGCCGGCAGUGCGGCAGGCGACACCGCGGAAAAGCAGCUUGGGUCUUCGCCCGAAUCGAAGCGGCGAUCGGGCAUUGCCAGCACCGUGCGGAAGGUGCUACAUUUCUCCGGUUUCCAUCAACAUCCGUUCCAUCGACGGGGAUCAUCGAGCCAUAACCAGCAGGGUCAGCAGGAUGCGAAUGAGGGGACGGUCGAGGGAAGCGGGAUUGUGGAUCAGACGAUUCCAGAGCGGUGA